CGUUCAUUCAAAAAUUUCGCGCGUGCACGCCGGUUCUGUCGGAACGUUGUUUACGUAUACAAAUCGGGUUAAUUUUAGUUAGAUUUCGCACAAAAAACCGUCACGAUGGACUUGAUGCUGAGCAACUUUAUCGUGGACGAGCCGCCGAAGGCGGAAAAGAAGAAAUCCGGAACCCUUGAUAGUGGUGGCGGCGGCGCCGCCGCCGGAAAGUUCUCCAUGGUGUUUAACAAAACGCAACCGGUGAAGGCGAUUGUGGCGAGGAAGAGGGUGGUGGCGCCGAAGGCGCCAGAACCGAAGAAAGCGCUGGAACCGCCGAAGGCGGUUAAGGAGAAGAAGGUUGAGAAGCCGGACUUUAAAUUGAGUGAGGAGUUCAAGAACGUCAAGAAGUUUAAAAAGUCAAACUUGUUCGAGAAGAUGAAGCGCGACAUUCCGAAGGUGGAGCUGCCGGAGGUGGUUCCGUUUACGGAGCGGGUGUUCAGCGAGACGCGGCUCGAUUCGUUGGAUAUUCACGCGCAUUCGAGGAAGAACGUUGCGGAUUUGCUGGGCUUUCAGCGGUUGACGGUGGUGCAGGACUUGGCCAUUCCGAAGGUGUUGGCCGGGAGGGACGUGCUGAUUCGGGCGCAGACUGGUUCGGGGAAGACGCUGGCGUACGCGCUGCCGCUGGUGGAGAAGCUGCACUCGGCGGAGGUGCGGGUGAGCCGGGGCGACGGGAUUCUGGCGGUGGUGAUCGUUCCGACGCGGGAGUUGGCGCUGCAGACGUAUGAGCUGUUUUUGAAGCUGUUGAAGCCGUUUACGUGGAUUGUGAGUGGGUAUCUUUGUGGCGGGGAGAAACGGAAGGCGGAGAAGGCGAGGUUGAGGGCGGGGUUGAACAUUUUGAUUGGGACGCCGGGGCGGUUUUGUGACCACAUUAAGAACACGGAGUCGAUGAAGCUGGGCGGGGUGAAGUACCUGGUUUUGGACGAGGCUGAUCGGUUGCUUGAGCUUGGGUACGAAAAGGACGUCAAGGAGAUUGUGGAAUCGAUCAAGGGCGUGGACGGGGAGAAGAGCCUGCAGACGGUUCUGUUGUCCGCGACGCUGACCCGUUCCGUCAAGGAACUCGCCGGAAUGACGCUGCAGAACCCGGAGUACGUCGACACGAGCGACGUGGCCAUCGAGCGGCGCUUCGACACCGUCGAAGACCUCGAAGAGCGCAUCACCAUCCCGGCCACGGUCCGCCAAAGCUUCCUCGUCAUCCCCCCAAAACUCCGCCUAGUCUCACUCUCCGGCCUGAUCGCGUACGAGCUCAACCGCAACACCAACAAGGCCCUCGUCUUCAUGGCCACGCAGGACCUCGUCGACUACCACUACGACAUCAUGGUCGAAGUCCUAACCCAGAAGAAACCCGACUCGGACGCCGAAAACUCCGACUCCGACGGCGAAGAAUCUUCCAGCGAACCUGAAACCUCCCCAACCUCCGCCAUCCUCCUCCCCAAAGUGACCUUCUUCAAGCUGCACGGCAAAAUGACCCAAAUCGAGCGCAGCUCGGUCUUCAAAGAGUUCCGCGCGGCCCGCACCGCCGUCCUCCUCUGCACGGACGUGGCCGCCCGCGGCAUCGACGUGCCCAGCGUAGACCUCGUCGUCCAGUACCACGCCCCCCAGAUCCUCGCCGAUUACGUGCAUCGCGUGGGGAGAACGGCCCGCGCCGGCCAGUCCGGAAAGGCCGUCCUCUUCCUGGAUCCCGCGGAAACCGACUUCGUGAAGCACCUGGGCGAGAAGCAAAUUAGCCUGGCGGAAGAGCGCCCCGAGCCGUUGUUUGGACGGAUUGGGGUGCUGAUGAAUCCGGGUGGGCACGGGCGGAAUAAAAACAGGGAGCAGGCGGCGCAGGAGUUGCAGCAGAGAUUCGAAAGGUUGGUGGCGGCCGAGAAGGAGCUGAGCAGUGGGGCGGCGAAGGCAUUCGUCUCGUGGGUGCGCUACUAUUCCAACUUCCCGAAGGAGCUGCGCCGCAUGUUUGCGAUCCGGGCUGUCAACAUGGGCCACUACGCCAAGUGUUUGGGCCUGCGGGAUCCACCGAAGCAGUUUGUGCGGGCGCACACCGGACCCAAGGACGAUGACGGGGGAGAGCAGGAGGGAGGCCAUCGGAAGCAGUGGGACCGGAAAAAUGGCCGCGGUCCUCAGAAGGGCAAAAACUUCUCGAAAGGACGCCCGAACUCGGGCCCGAUGGCAAACCCCCGGAAGCGACCGGCCACCGGAGGUGGCCAACAACACAAGGACCUGGCCAGCUACGCCAAGACGUCCCGAAUGAUCAACACGUCCGAGUUCGCGAGCGGGUUGACGCCGUCGGCCAAGAAGAAACCCCGCAAACAUUGACCACAAAUUACGUAUCUUUUUUCUUUGUAAAUAUAAGAGUGUCUUACUUUUUUGUUUCUUUUUCAAACCAAACCGGGUAGUAAAUUCGCAUUCGCAGAAAUAAAUUAAGGU